AUGAUAGCAUGCAAGGGAAUUAAGCAACAUGUGAUGCUGCCAAGAGAACUUUCAAAACAAGUGCCAAAAUCCCAUCUAAUGUCUGAAGAAGAGUGGAGGCGACUUGGCGUUCAGCAAAGUCUUGGCUGGGUUCACUAUAUGAUCCAUGAGCCAGAACCCCAUAUUCUUCUCUUCAGAAGACCUCUUCCAAAGGAUGAGCAGAAAUGA